GAGAGGGAGAGACGGAGUGAGAGGGGGAGAGACAGAGAGGGAGAUAGAGAGAAAGAGGAGCUCCGUCCGGACGCCAAUCCCCAGCCAACAGGACACCUCCUACUAUUACUAUCAAGGCAGCUCUCUUAUGCAUCCACAGCGAGCCUUAUUCAUCCUCGGCAUCGGAAAGUAAACCGCACUUUUUGACCCCCCUCUCCUUGUUUUAUUUUGCGAACCUGUUUCGACUGUCCGCAUAUCGUCUCCACAUCGCCUCCAUGGCAAGCUCACACAGUCGCUUCUUAGUAUUUUUGCUCUCUCUCAGUCUGCCGGCAGUCAAAUCUAGCUAAGCCGACGCUGAGCUAUUUUUUCCCGUAGUCCCUCCGUGAACACACACAGCGAGGGUUUGUUAGGUCUCGGCGGCGGUUGUUGUUGUUACAACUGUGUCCGAGGUGCUUGUGGUUCGUGCUGGCCGUACUGUGCGGCUGCCUGCUCGCCGUUUUGGAUGUUGUGCUGCGAACUAAAGCCGAAGUCGCCUUCACUUGUAAGCGUUGCUAAAUGUCGCCGGUUUUAACGCUUUCCGUUGCCGUCCUUUUUCCUCCACUUGGACGGAAUUGGCUGUAACGUCAGGGCUGCACACUCCUGUCUCUCUCCGCUCCUGCCGCACACGCACAACCGCUUACCAAUGUUCGCCUAUCACGGUCCAUCUCGACCUCGUCCUCCCUUGCACAGACCCGGGUUGUUGUUGUUUUUUCGCACCGCCUGCCAGUCCUCCGCCAAGAAGAGCAGGAGAAAGCAUCUUUUUAAACACUGAUUUUGGGAACCCCUCGCUGUCAUGCACACGUAGAGAGAUAACAAGAGAGGAACCGGGAGUUGUUUUUGGGGAGGGGGGGUUUCUUUCUUUUUUCCUUUUUCUUCUUCUAUCUUUUCUACCCUGGCCAAACUUGAAGAAGAAGCGUUUUCCAGCCGGUGUUAUAUGCUCUCCAGUGCUGAAGUGCUGCGGUUCAGGUGAUAGUGAGCUGAGGUGCUGAGAAUGAUGGAACAUCUCAGCGAGACGUGUUUGGGCAAGGAGAACUCAGAGCUGGUCAACAGCAUGGCAGACGCCAAGGCCCCGCCGGCCAAGCUGCCCCGGCUGGAGCAGAACGGCAGCCCCCUGGGACGGGCCAGGCUGGGAAGCACCGGGACCAAACUCGGAGGGGUCCCGUACAAACCCACCAGCCACCUGCUGAAGACCUGCCAUAAGAAAGGCAACAUGCUGCCUGUGUUCUGUGUGGUCGAGCACUACGAGAAUCCCAUGGAUUUUGACAGCAAGGAGGAGCACGCUGAAUUUGUCCUGGUGCGCAAGGACAUGCUCUUCAACCAGCUCAUCGAGAUGGCCCUGCUGUCACUGGGCUACUCCCACAGCUCAGCAGCCCAGGCCAAAGGUAUGAUUCAGGUGGGGAAGUGGAACCCCGUCCCACUGUCAUAUGUGACAGACGCACCAGACGCCACAGUGGCAGACAUGCUGCAGGACGUCUACCACGUGGUCACACUUAAGAUCCAGCUGCACAGUUGUCCUAAGCUGGAGGACCUGCCGCCCGAGCAAUGGAGCCACUCUACAGUAAGAAACGCCCUCAAGGAGUUACUCAAAGACAUGAAUCAGAGCUCUCUGGCUAAAGAAUGUCCUUUAUCACAGAGUAUGAUUUCCUCCAUUGUGAACAGCACUUACUAUGCAAAUGUGUCGGCGGCGAAGUGUCAGGAAUUUGGGCGCUGGUAUAAACAUUUCAAGAAGACAAAAGAUAUGAUGGGCAUGCGUCAACCCUCCCAGCUGGAGGGGUACCUGGGGACGUGUGUCCUCCGUGAGAGCCCACGUGCCAAUGCACUAGCGGAAAUGGACGGCUUGUCCGACCUCUCCCCACCUGGCUCUAACCACAACCACAACCACCUGAGUUUUUCCCAGCAGCAGCAGCCGAUCCCCAGCAGCACAGCGGAGCAGACUCCUUCGUCGCCGGUGCCGCCGCUGCCUCAUGCUCCGCCGCCGCACGGUGGUCAAACGGGAGGCCGACAGCCCCAGCUCCCCGGUCUGCAUCACCCGGGCUUGGUGUCCACACCCAUCAGUCCCCAGCUGGUCAACCAGCAGCUUGUGAUGGCACAGAUCCUCAACCAGCAGUAUGCAGUGAACCGGCUGCUGGCGCAGCAAUCCCUGUCACAGCAGUACCUCAACCACCCACCUGUCAACCGCAGCUCCCACACCAAGCCUCUGGAGCCACAGGUGGCAUCGAACACAGAGGUUUCCUCUGAGAUUUACCAGUGGGUGAGGGACGAGCUAAAACGGGCCGGCAUCUCACAGGCUGUCUUUGCCCGUGUGGCCUUCAACAGAACACAGGGCUUACUGUCUGAGAUCCUGCGUAAGGAGGAAGAUCCCAAGACGGCGUCCCAGUCGCUACUGGUCAACCUGCGCGCCAUGCAGAACUUCCUGCAGCUGCCGGAGGCCGAACGUGACCGCAUCUAUCAGGAGGAGCGGGAGCGCAGCCUCACGGCCGCCUCUGCAAUGGGCUCCGCUCCGCUCAUCAGCACCCCAUCCAGCCGACCUGUACAGCCCCGAAGGGAAGACUGUAACAGCGUAAGGCCGGAGGAUUGGAAUCCCCGAAUCCCUGUGGGCAUUUCACCUGUUAAACCAUCACCGCUGCCCAGCGAGUGGAACGGCAAGGCAGACAGCUGCAUCCUCAACAUCAACUCCACCAUCUACGAUGAGAUCCAGCAGGAGAUGAAGAGGGCCAAAGUGUCCCAGGCCUUGUUUGCAAAGGUGGCGGCCUCCAAGAGCCAGGGCUGGCUCUGUGAGCUGCUGCGCUGGAAAGAGGAUCCGUCUCCAGAGAACCGAACACUCUGGGAGAACCUCUCCAUGAUCCGACGCUUCCUGAGCCUCUCUCAGGCCGAACGCGAUGCCAUCUACGAGCAGGAGAGCAGCGCCGGCCAGCAGCACCACAACGAGCGGCCGUCGCACUUGAUGCACAUUUCCAGUGACCAGCUACAGGCUCAGCCGCCUCAGACACAGCAGCAGCACCAGCCCUCCUUGUCCCUCCACCCCUCCCAACAGCCCUUGCAGCAACAGCAGCCCACCACCGGUCCCCGGUUGCCACCUCGCCAACCCUCCACCGCCUCUCCGGCCGAAACGGAGGACGAAGGCAGCCGCGGAGGGAGCAUCAAAUCCCGCACGGGUGGAGGCAAGAUCUCCCUGGAAGCUCUAGGUAUCCUGCAGAGCUUCAUCCAGGACGUGGGCCUAUACCCCGACGAGGAGGCCAUCCACACCCUUUCAGCCCAGCUGGACCUGCCCAAGCUCACCAUCAUCAAGUUCUUCCAGAACCAGCGCUUUUAUGUCAGUCACCCAGCAAAGGCACCCAAGGAGCCCAUUAACAACAACAACACCACUAUUGCAGCCAUCGUCAACAACACCACCAGCAGCAGUAGCAGCAGCAGCAGCCCGGCCUUUGAGGAAGAGCUGACGGACUUCAGGGAGAGCGGAGAGCUGUUGAAGGAGCUGGACGAGAGCACGCAGACCAACAGCACCAUCUUCUCCAUCAAGAUCGAAGAGCAGCUGGGCCGAGGUGCCGAAGCCCAGUCCGAGUCAGAGCACGAGGCCAAGGAGUAGGACUCUCCCCCUGAAACAUGUACUGAGAGUUUUCCUGUGCACACAGACUGGUGACUGUGCUAAAUGUAACGCUCUGGCCGCCACAGAAACACCACACUGCAAACAAAGAGAAGUAGUGUUUUCAAUCAGUACAGCAUCUGGACUGUAUGAGGAGUGUUCAUAUAUA